ACGGGAAUUUAUAUUUCUCUUUUGAUUAGGUGUCUACAGUCCAUCAGUGGGACAGGGGACUGUAUGUGUAUUGUAUGAUUGUUCUACCCGUUUCCACUCUCUCUACCCUCCCCGUAAUCUGUAACCACCGGGACCUCUCAAGUACCGCAUCAGUCCCCACUGAUGUCGAUGGAACAGGACACUGGGGCACUGCCACGACGCAGUGCCAGGCUUGCAGUUCGUACCCGCCCUGUGGUACCUCCAAGAACGAAGGCUCAGCAACAGCGACUCAGCAAACGGAAGACUCCAGCGGCAUCGAGUACAGCAUUGACGGUACCGGUUACCACCGGGGUUCUUCCCGCAUGCCCGGUCCAAGGGGCCAAUGAGCCAGUGGCAGCUUACUUUCAGCGGGUACAGGUAUUCACUGAUACCGUAGCUGCCGUCAAGGCUCAGCAGGAGGCAGCAGAGGCAGAACGUCAGCGGCUGGCCAAUGAAGUGGCAGCCCAAGCUCAGCAGACUGCUGAGGCUGACGCAGCGGCACGAGACCAACGGAAUGUGGCCAGCACGGAGUCCCUGAUUCAUAGUGAGAGUCAGUGGACAACAUUCCUCCAAGGCAUGAUCUUUGUGCCUUCGGACGCGCAGGCAGAUCCGACACCGGCGGAGGCAGAGAAGACCCACCUGGCCAACUUGAUGCUGGGCAUGAUGAGAGGAAUCAUGUGGAAUAACACACUGUUGCAGGCACAUCUGCGCACGGAACGACAGCAAAGACAAAAGUACCAGCAAGACAUUGCCGUUUUCACAACUGCCAUCCGCGCCGAAGCAACACAGCAGCUGCAACUGCAUCACCAGUUGAAGUCCGCUCUCGCGCGCAUCAACAACAUUGAGGCUAACACCUCAGCAGCGCCAGGCUGCACGACAGACGAGACGAAGCAGCUCAAUGGGCGCAUCGAUCAUGUCGUCAACCUCAUAGGCGACAUAGGUGUUUUUAAUGGGCCGGACACGAUCAGUAGCACGGUGGCCGCCAUCAAGACGGACAUCACCAAGCUGCAGACAAGACCGGACGCCACUACGAAGAACUACAAGAUGCCGCACUUCGACAUCAGCAAGUUCGACGACCACAACAAGACGGACGCUUUGGCAUGGUGGCAACGUUUCCUCACGGAAGCAUCAUGCCGCACUGUCCCGGACGACUAUCUGAUGAAGGCGUUAUACUUACAGCUGAUUGGAGGAGCGCAGGCAUGGAUGAACCAUCUGGCGGCUACCCACACAUGCACCAUCGCCGAACUUCACACGCACAUUACGUGGAAGGAUUUUGAGAAGCUAUGGUUCACCCGUUUCAUGGUCCGCAAUGUCGUGAAGGCGGACAUGAACGAAGUCAACGAUUACGAUUACGAUUCAUUCCAGGCCAUUCUGGAUCGUGCAAACUUGGUCAUCCAAACGGAUGACAAGGCCGCAAACGAACGGCAGUCCCAGCCGCAUUAUGUGGCUAAGCAUGGCUAUCAACGUCCGACACACAACAAUGCCGUGAUUUCUGAAGAAACAGACGAUCUCCACGCUGCAGCAGCAUCCUCGAGUGAUGGAGGAAUUGUAGCAGCGCUCCCGCUGAAGCGUCCCAAGAGAGUUCGGAAGAACAAGCCGACACAAGAGACGGCAUCGACGGGAACUGGGCAGCAGCCAUGGACGGCUUACAAGAUAACCAAGGAUGUCUAUGACCUUCGUCAAAAGAAGACGCAAACUACGCAAGUUACACUCGCGGACGGCCGCACGCAAAAGUCAAUUGACCGAUGCGUUGACGGCGUUCUGGUCUACUUUGCGCCACUUGCGUGCGAGCCGGUGUCUUUUGAGAUCCUCGACACCAAGUUCGACAUGAUUCUAGGCAUGUCUUGGUUGCGUAGCGCCGAUCAUCCGGUGAACUUCCAUGACCGAACUGUUCACAUCCGUGAUCGGAACGGAGUGUUAGUCCCAUGUACGGUCGCGACCCCUCACACUUCGAUUGCUUGUCACGUGGUUUUCGUUGCGAGAAUUCGCGACGCCAUUGCUCGGAACGACGUUGAGGAGAUGGGCCUUGUAUUCUUGCAUGCUCUCCCMUCGCCGGACGGACCAGCCGCGUCACCGCCGGACCCACGCAUCACUCACCUCUUGGACGAGUACGGAGACGUCUUCGAGGCGCCCACCGGAACGGUUCCGGAUCGGCCCAUACGUCACGGGAUCACUCUCGAGGCGGGCGCCGUCCCUCCGCGUGGAUGUAUCUACCGCAUGAGCGAAGAGGAACUCGAGGUUACCACCAGAUUGAAAUCCAGCCUCAAGAUCGGUACAAGACCACAAUUCAAGACGCGGUACAGGCAUUUUGAGUGGGUUGUCAUGCCCUUUGGCCUUACCAAUGCCCCCGCAACUUUUCAAGCAGCUAUGACGACUGAGUUUCGCGACUUGCUCGAUCGCAGCGUCCUCAUCUACCUCGAUGACAUCUUGGUCUAUAGAAGGACGUUGGACGAGCACAUCACACACCUUCGCGCUGUUUUGAAUCGUUUGCGACUGGCCAAGUACAAAGCGAACCGUGACAAGUGCGAGUUCGCCAAGCAAGAGCUUGAGUAUUUGGGCCACUAUGUUACGCCGAAAGGCAUUCGUCCCUUAGCGGACAAGAUCCAAACCAUCGUGGAUUGGCCGGAACCCCGUUGCACAACGGACGUACGCUCUUUCAUGGAAUUGGCUGGAUAUUAUCAGCGAUUCGUCGAGUCAUACUCGAAAGUGGCAGCUCCUUUGUCGAGACUUCAGUCCCCGAAGGUGCCCUUCGAGUUCGACGACGCAGCCCGUAGCGCGUUCGCUACGUUGAAGGCAGCGAUGCAAGCCGCACCGGCCCUCCGUACAUACGACCCCACCCUACCCACCCAAGUGACUACGGACGCUUCGGGAUACGGGAUUGGUGCGGUGUUGGAACAGUGUCACGAGGACGGUUGGCAUCCGGUCGAGUAUUUCUCCCAAAAGGUGCCUCUCGUAAACACUCUCGACGRCGCUAGGAAGAAAGAGCUACUCGCGUUUGUCACCGUUCUCAAACGGUGGCGCCACUUUCUUUUCGGCCGUCGGCGUUUUAAAUGGAAUACGGACAACAAUCCGUUGACCUUUUACAUGUCACUAGUACGAUCGGUCGAUGGAUGUAUUACAUCGACCAGUUCGACUUUGACCCGUGCCACAUUCCCGGUCCCGCCAAUCGAGCUGCGGACGCCCUCUCACGACGGCCCGACUUUUGUGCCAUUGUGACCACGGCAUUCGACCUCGAUGACGAUCUGCAACCGCAUUUUGUCAAAGGCUACAAGUCCGAUCCGACUUACUCUACGCUUUACGCGGAGCUUUCAUCG